GUGGAAAAUCCGCAGAGUGUGAAAGGACAGAGCAGUGGUCAAAGAGCCCCAGAUCGCGCGACGCGAUCGGCACCGUCUUGCGACCCAAAGCAUGAAGGCAAACAGCAAUGUGGUCAUAAAAGGCCAAAAAGUUGUUCUCGUUCCAUACAAACCUGAGCAUGUGGAGAUCUACCACACAUGGAUGACGGAUCCUUUUCUGCAAGAGAUGACGGCAUCAGAACCUCUGACUUUGGAAGAAGAGUAUGAUAUGCAAAAGUCUUGGUUUGAAGAUGAAAAAAAAUGCACCUUUAUCUUGCUUUCACCAGUGUUUGAGGGCAACCGUGUUGGAAGCACUGGCAUAUGGGGUGGUAUGGUAGGAGAUGUCAACCUUUUCUUUAACGACCACGAUGAUCCCCAAAGUGCGGAGCUGGAAUUGAUGGUUGCUGAACCAUCUGCGCGUAGACAAGGGCUGGGCAUAGAAGCGGCCAUGCUAAUGAUGCGAUACGCUAUUACUUCGUUGCAUGUCACGACAUUCACAGCAAAGAUCUCAUUAAAUAAUACACCAAGUCUUGUAUUGUUUAAAGACAAACUUGGGUUUCACGAGGUGACAGUGUCAGAGGUUUUCCAGGAAGUCACGCUAGCUAGGCCGUGCGAUGAAAGUUUGAACAGAUUGUUGGAGGGAGGAACCGACGGAUGGACCUUGAGCGCAUUAGAAUAGAUUACUUACAAUUUUCCAUUUAAAAAGCUUGAUGAGCGCCAUACCUGAUGGCUUCCGUCAGGAAAACGGGCAUUUCUAAGCAGAA